UUGGUAUCGAUGGCUAACUUAGCGGCCUUUCUAAUGGCGAUUUUCGCCAUGGGAUCAGCGGUAUAUGCUAUAGACGAUAUUCUUGAAGAGCUCAAUGAUACCAAAACAGCUGAGUCACGCAUCAUUGCCCAAGCGUUGGAGACGCUUCAAAAUGAACAUGAGUUUAGUGAGAAAACUAUCAGGUCUGCGUAUGAAAUAUGUAAAGAGGAAAACGAAGAAUCACGCGUCUCAUGUCUUAUUAAUGCACUUCAUGUUCAAAAACUCCUGGAAGACCACAGUUUCCACAUAUGCACAUUUCAAUUUUUGGUCUCCGUGUUAGUCGAGUGCAGUGUUGACUGUUUUGACUAUUAUAACGUGCGUUGUUUCAAAUGUAUCGGCAAGCCCAUACCAACAUUUAUAAAAUGCAUGAAAACGGGGCCGCCAGAAUAUGUAUAAGAGGAAUUUAAAUUCAAUCAAGCUGUAUUAUUUACUGCUGUCGCAUAAAAGUAUGUAGAGCAGGAAAUACGCUGCAUUGUGCUUGAACAUACAGGUAAAGCAGGCAACCAUGACCACGCUAUUUUUAAACAACUACAUCCCUAAUGAAUAGUGGUGAUUAUAGAU